CUUUCUCGCACAGCACCCGUCCCUCACGCCAUCCUAUCCUCUCGUCGUCCCUCCUCGUUUGGUCCUCGUUUCGCCGCCGCCCUUGCAACCUUCAUUUAUCGAACAACCACAAAGCCUUCUCCGUGGGAAGCCGCAUUCGUGAUUUCGCGGCUCGAUUUCGCUGCUAAGCUGAGCUCCAGCGUAGUGCAGGGAAAUCUCUGAGUCUAUCCUGCCGUUACGGGCGAUUCAGUUUGAGAAACCAUAAUUCAGCCUAGGCCUCCUGUCGAGUCAUAUUUCCUCGCAUCACCUCUUCACUCAUUCCCGCCAUCCUAUCCUCUCACCAGCCGGCUGGCCGUGCUCGUGUAGCUGCCGCCAUCGCAGCCAUAGCAUGGAGGAACCGGCGAGACCCUUUCAGCAGGAAGCAAGUUGUCAUAUCGCGAAGCGCCUUAGUCUCUCCUGGCGGUUCACGUUGUGAUCCGGUCUGAGAAACCCUAAACAGGUGUGCGAGACCCUAAAUGCCACCGGCAAAUUCAUGUGGCGAUCGAGGAACGGAUUGCGCCGUCUGGUAGCAGCUUAGCCGCAACACAAAGGCGGGGAACGGAUUCCUCGGCUAGUAGAGUCUGUGGCACGUCUCGCGUUAGCUGCUCCAACUAUCGCUCAGCCAGCACAGCGUGGCGAUGCCUUCAGCCAGCCUCGCAGUGCUUCUCGUCCUUAUGUCGCUCGUUCGCUUGCCACCCUCUAAGUUCUCUCUCGCACCUCUCUCUCCCGUACGUCUCUUCGUCCAUUUCGUUUUCUUUGCCAUCGCGCAUCUGCAUUUCCCUCCACAGCAAUUUGCGCAUCUGUAUGCCGCUCACCCUUCCGCCGUUAUAACUCUCCGCAUUCAACCGCCCUUCCGUUCAUCCGGCCGCCUGUGCCAUGCGCGCCGCUGCCCGUUCGCGAAACUGAGUUCAUCAAUCCCCACAUCCAGACCAAGCCGCUCCACGAUAACUAGCACGCGUGAAACCAGCUCCUCUCGCUUUGUCCCUCACACUGUCUUCGAUCGCCGGACACAGACAUGGCAGGGGGAGCACCAUCAUACUGAGCGAUCGGAUCCGACUCGUUUCGAAGUCUCUCCCAUCAUUCCAUCAUCCGUCUCCUCCGCUCGCCCCCUUCUCUCCGACCCAAACACCCCUUCUCGUCCUCUUCUCUUGACUUUCCUUCCGACACCACUGGUGUCAGCAGUGCAGCGCCGCGUCGCAGGAGCGUUUUCUGGCACCCGUGCGAACCGUUUGUGGUGGCAGCGAGGAUCCUGACCUCGCUCAGGUUGCUACGUUGGAGAAAUGGCGGUGCGAUGAUCGCGUCGCAGUGGAUGGACACAUGCGCGAUGCGACACUCGGCAGUCCGAACGGGUAUAGACUGCCACCGCAGCAGCACGGAGCAUGGAAGCAUCGUGUGGCACAUCUCAGAGGGCCGUGGGGGAGUGAACCUGCAGCAAGGGAAGGGGAGGGAGGCCUCGACUUGCGACCGACAUUGCCGCGCGAAAGCGUGGCGAGUCUCAUGCCGAAUGAUGACGCCGACGCCGUGCGCCGUUCACGCAUGGCUGCACCGCGCUCGGUUAUUCCUGCCUCUCACCCUCUGCCUCUCACCCUCUGCCUCCCUCACUGCCCCCGUCGAUUUUCGGGAGAACAAGAGCAUUCCUCGUCCGUCCAGUGGUGCCCUCCCCCAGCUGCCAGCGCAGAACCGGGGAGCAUGGGAGCAUGGCGCGCCCAGGGGGCCAUGGGGGAGGGAACUGGCGAGGAGGGCUGCUGUCACAGCGCCGGUCGCUAUUGCUGGUGAACAGUUCAGGUGAGGGCUGCACAACCUUCCAGAGGACAGUGAACAACCAGGAGGAACGCCACUGAGAGCAAUUCACGCAGUCGGCUCUGUUUCCCUAGCCCAUUCAGCAGCAUCUACCCUUCACUCCAGUCCCAUCUUCACGGAGUGGGUAGCUGCCAGCAACGCUGCUUCUCAAACCCUCCAGAAGUUUCAAUCGUUUCUUGUGUUCUCGUGCAUGAGGACCUAAGUUAAAUAUGCAUUCCUCCUACCGUAUUCCCCCGUAUACAACACCCCGCAAAAUUAAACUCCCAUGGGUAGUUUGAGCGGACAUGGGUGCUUUAUUAAAGUGGAUAUUGAUAACACCCGCCUUCGGCGAUUGCAAACAUUUGAACACCCCCCUACUUUAUAAAAUGUUAUUUUUAGU